GGAAAAUCAACAGUGUUCAACACCUACUAUGUCAGUAUACUUGCCAGAAACGCAGGUCCAGGUCGCAACUUUGUGUUUGAGAAGAGGGAAUUGAGUCGUCAACGGUGCAGUGAUGGCGUUUAAUCAGACGUCGCUUUAUGAUUCCCUGUGCAACGGUUUCACCUACAACCCAAUCAUUGUUCCCGCUCUCUACUUCUCGAUGUUCCCCAUAGCUUUGCUGCUGAACGGUUUAGCAGCCUGGGUGUCUCUGCACCUCAAGUCCACCACCACCUUUGUGGUGUACCUGAAAAACCUUGUCGCUGCCGACGUUAUCAUGACGUUGAUCAUCCCGUUGAGUGCUGCGGCUGACUUGCCGCAUCUGUCAAAUCUAUUAUUUGCACUGUCAUGCCGUUAUAUCAGCCCCAUUUUCUACAGCACAGUGUACACAUGUAUCACUUUGUUGGGCUUAAUCGGUCUGGACCGUUUCUUCAAGAUCGUGACACCUCAAAACAAGUUAGCUCAGAAUCUGACCCUUAGCAAAGUGAUAUCGGGCUCAGUGUGGGUAAUACUGUUCGGAGGCACAACUUUACCAACUAUCAUUUUGAGCAACAAAUCAGUGGCAAACUUGACAGAGAUCGGCACUUGCAUGAAGUUGAAAGGAACGGCUGGAAUUGAACUCCAUAAGAAGAUUGUGAUCUACCUGAAUGUUUUCUUUUGGCUCGUCAGUGUUGUCAUUGCGGUUUGCUACAUUUGCAUCGCACACAAAGUCAUCCAGUCUUUUAAAAACUCUGGGAGUAACAACAACCAGGGAAAGCAAAAGAUCAAACUUCGUGUUUUUGUUGUUGUGUUUGUGUUUUUUUUAUCGUUCGCACCGUACCACAUUUUCAGGAUCCCUUACACUUUUCAACAAGUCCACCAGCAUUCGUCCAAAACCGACUGCUCUUACUUAAAGGGCAAGUUCGCCAAAGAACUCACACUCUGGCUCGCCAACACAAACAUCUGCAUGGACCCACUUAUCUACGUCUUUCUGUGUCGAGAGUUCAAGGACAAGCUGAUGUCUAUGAUGAAGAAUGUUUCCACCUCAUUUAAAGUAGCUUCAGCAGGCAAAGCAGAGGCUGCUUCGCCUUAGAUUCUGACAGACAUCAUGAAAGUGGUACGGAACUGGACUGAGCUCAGGAGCCACUGCAUAUUUUGUAGACUCAGAUUAUUGCUUCAGUUAUUAUUCAACAUGUUUGCUGUUUACUUACUAUUUACUGACUUCAUAAUCACUAUUUAAAUCCAUGUUAAAGUUUGCUGUGAUGUUUUGCUUCUUGACAGUGUGACUCUUGAAAAGCUUGAAAACCAUAUGCAGGAAAUAAAAUGAGGGUGAGUGACAUAUACAUUAUAGGGUGACAUUAUUAUUGUGUGUUCAUGUCAACAUAACACAGCUUUACAGUAGCUCGGAAGUUUCAAUAUCGAAUGUGAUUUCUAGGAGAUAAGAAACGAGGCUGCCAUGCAAAACAAGUAUGUAUUGUUAUGUGUAUCUCAUAAUGAGUUCCUAUGUGGUUUGCGCUAACUGCAGAAUGGGUCAUGACUUUAAUGCAGUUCUGCAGAUUUGUAAUCUGUAUAUCUGCUCCUUGUGGCAUGUCAAUCAGUGUUUACUGUAAAGAAUAAAAAGAUGUGUGCAACAAGUACCACUUCCAUUU